AAUAAUCAAUAAUGAAUAAAAUAUAAAUAAAAAUUUAGCGCGUUUGUACAACUAAUUUUAUCUAUAGUUACUAUAUAUACGGUAAGGCAUAUAUAGUACUAACUUCAUUCGUUAUUUUCAAACCUGGAUUCUCUGGUUACAUAGCAUAUAGGUAAAACACAACCUAGAAGAAUGACUUCAGAGAAACCUCGUCGUAAGAAACGAGACGACACCUGGACAAGUGAGGAACUGACGUCAGCUUUGCAUAAAAAUAACGAUCGACCUCAUAGGAAAGAUAAAACAAGGAAUAUAGAAGAUUCCCACGGUAGAGAAGUCCGCAAAGAGAAACAUUCUUCACACAGGGUCCUGGAUGAAGAUAAUAGAAAACAUAGAAGUAAAAACGAAGACAAAGAAAGACGACAUAAGGAAAGGAGAGAAGUUCCAGAAGGUUCUGAUCAACGAAGAGAAAAAAGAGAAAGGAGAGAAAAAUCAUCCAGGCAUGAAAUUCGUAAUGAAGAAGAAUAUAGAAGAGAAAAAGAAAAAAGGAGAGAAGAGAGACAUCGGAAAAGGGAAGAAGAAGGCAGAAGUGAGAGAAGAAAUCAUGAAACACCAGAAGAAAGAGCAAGGAGAAAAGAAAAGGUAAAACAGCAUUUGCAUUUACUAAUUAUAAACUUAUUUAAUGUGUUUAUUAAAUGAUGUGGUAUUUUAAAU